UGUUUGGUAUUGUUUGGCGCCCAAGCAACGGUCACUCCAAAAGGAUGCGUUAACGGUAUUGUCUAAACAAAGAUUAUUCUCGUGAUAUCCUAAGCUUUUUCGAAGCCAGUAUCCAAAAACAAAGUCUUAAAAUAUAACAAAUAAAAGGCAUUAACCGAAAAUUGCAAUUGUGCCGCUUUAGGCGGUCGCAAUACUUUUUGGAUGCUGUAUUUUGUGUCCUGCCUAAUAUCGAUUUUAUCAGGCGCAGCAUCAGUAUUAUUCAGUUUAUUCCUAAAUAAAUAGAAUAUUGAAUAAUAAAUUCAAGUAUAGCCAUGAAGCGCCAAAAUGUUAGAACUUUGUCCCUUGUGGUUUGCACUUUUACUUACCUUUUAAUUGGCGCCGCGGUUUUCGACUCCUUGGAGUCGCCAACGGAGGCCAAAAGAUGGGAGUUCCUGCAAGCUGUUAAAAACAACUUUGUGAAAAAAUACAAUGUAAGCGAUGAGGACUUCCGGGUGAUGGAAAUCGUCAUCAUUGAAAAUAAACCCCACAAAGCAGGACCUCAGUGGAAAUUCGCAGGAGCUUUUUAUUUUAGCACAGUGGUCUUGGCUAUGAUUGGAUAUGGACAUUCAACACCAGUCACUAUUCCGGGAAAAGCAUUUUGCAUGGGAUAUGCGAUGGUGGGCAUACCUUUGGGCUUGGUGAUGUUCCAGUCGAUUGGUGAACGUCUUAACAAGUUUGCCUCGGUUAUUAUAAGGAGAGCGAAGAGGGCCAGCGGAGCCCGCUGUACGGAUGCCACCGAAAUGAAUCUCAUGCUGGCCACUGGAAUGCUUUCCUCCAUUAUUAUAACCACAGGAGCGGCUGUAUUCUCCCGCUACGAAGGCUGGAGCUACUUCGAUAGCUUCUACUACUGUUUCGUCACUCUGACCACCAUUGGUUUCGGGGACUAUGUGGCACUGCAGAACGACCAGGCUCUCACAAAUAAGCCAGGCUAUGUGGCUCUAAGUUUGGUCUUUAUCCUGUUCGGAUUGGCCGUCGUUGCUGCCAGCAUUAAUUUGCUGGUCCUGCGAUUCAUGACCAUGCAAGCGGAGGAUGCCAAGAGGGACGAGCAGGAUGCCCAGAACCUAGCUGGGAACGCCCAGCCGGUUACUUUUGACGAUGAGUCCACGUACAAUAUGCAUGGAAAGCUACUGGAGAACAACUACACAACUGAGAAUGAUGAGACCGCCUCCCUGUGCUCCUGCACCUGCAUGGGUGGCACUCGUUGUCUGAAUCAUGAGCAGUUCGUUGACCCGGACUUCCAGCCCACGGACAUUAUCGAGAGCACGUUGUGCCUGAAGCGAGCCUCCGUCUGAUAUCCGUACAACCAGCUCCGACCCUCGUCCUCUUGGGAACCAGAGCAGAGACCAAAUUAUAGCCGUGAAUAGGGCAACGCCAGAAUGUAGAUGCAAUCCCGUAGAGAACCAACCACCUGACCCAAAACGAUGGUUGUUAGAUUAUCCUACCCCAGCCAAAUAUUUAUAGUACUAUGGAUCUUUAGAAUUGGUGAAAAGUCUUAGAAGUAUAUUGGAAAGUCAUAAUUAAAACUUAAAAUUAUCUAAAUAGUAUUAUCCAGGAUAACUAUGUCAUUUUUGAAAGAUUUCAUGGCUUGCUAGGAUGAUUAAAAUAAUAAUGAUGAAUGUUUUUCUAAAAAAGUUUAAAAAUUAUUAACUUUCUAGAAAUACUUCUAAAGAUUUCAGCCUUCACUGAACCCAUUGUAGUCGAUCCACCCUACUAUACACUCGUUUACAAAGGAGAACAAUCUCCAAAGACCCAUACCAAUAUCAAGUAUAUAACCUGGCUCAAAGCCUCUAUUGGCUCUCUGGCCGAUUCAUCCACAUCCCAUCUAGAUAUUUAGCUACGUAAUGUUUUAACUAAGUAAUAUUAAAUGUUUUGUUGAAAACCCCA